AUGCCUACUCCCAGCACCACAGAGACGCCUCCUGCAAAGCGCAUCAAGAUUGAACCAGCUGUCCGAAACCUCGAAAAUGCUUGCUCCAAAGAGGAAGCUCUGAUGACGCUCCACAUGGUGCGCGCUCAGAUGAUCGCUGACAUGGACUACACUCCGCCAACUCCGCUGACAGAAUCGGAGCUGGACAAGCACGUCAAUCGCCUGUUCGAGACUCACAGUGUCCUCAAACCGUGGGCCCCCAAUCAAGUCUACGACACUAGUAUGAGUCGCAUAUUCGACCGGACGAUCCAUGAUUCUCCGAAGACGAUGCAACUUAUCAAGCUCAUCAACAGCCUAGCACGAGAAGCCAAGAAGGAGAUGUACAGAAUCAUCGAAAUCUGCUGUGAAGUCGUCAGCGCGCUCCUACCGAAGGACAGAAUCAUGGCCGACCUCAUCGCCAGAUGCAGCUUCCAAGUUGAGCUAUACUUCAUGGCAGAAGCUGCGCACGACAAGUACAUCAGAACGAUCGGCCUUCUGAGCAAGCACCACGUCAUGUACCCCUUCUGA